AUGCCAGUGUCGGAGUCUAUCUGCGGAAGUAGCUCAAAUGGGGCUGACGCGGCAGCUGACGUCAGCAGAUCAAAGCCUAACGGUUCAGCGGCACAAUUGCCGGCCGCGGCAGGCUCGCCGGUUGUUUCGACCGGGAGUUCGACCGUCGUGGCAUCUGCCAUGGCAGUGCAACAUACAAGGGGUGCAAGAAACCCUGAAGGAGAUUUAAGUUUGGGGAAAAAGGCUGGGGCGACGGAUUUUGAGACGUCUCAAAAUGCAAGGGGUGCAAGAAAGCCCGAGGGCGAUCUAGGGUUGCGAGAUAAGGCUUUGGCGGCGGGUGCGGCGGCAGUGGUGUCAGCCGUUAUUAUGAACCCGCUGGACGUUGUUAAGACGCGGUUGCAGGCGCAAACAGCGUCCGCAUCCCCCCGCGCCCCAGCCCGCCCUUUGCCCCUCCCUUCCUCCUCCCCAGCUACAAUCACGUGUCCCUUCCACCCGGCUGUAGCCGCUACAGCCGCCUCGGCCCCCUCCCCCGCCGCCUUCUGCUCCCUCCACCGCGCCCUCUUCCCCUCUGCCGUCUUCCCAUCUGUCGCCUUCCCGGCUGUAGCCGCUACAGGCGCUUCUGCCCCCUCUGCUGCUGCCGCCCUGCUGGCCCGGAGCGGGCAGAUGCACGGGCACGGGGAUUUACGGCGGGCGGCGAUGUCUGUCUGUUGUGACGCGGCAGGAUUAUAUGGGCAUGGGCAUGGGGGAGUGGCUGUAGGCAGUAGUACUAGUAACCAUGGCAAUGGGUCCACACACGGGCAUGCGCAUGGGAAUGGGAUGCGAGAGGAAGGAGCACUGCGCUUAUGGCGAGGCACGGGCGCCUCUCUCCUCAUGGCUGUACCAACGGUUGGGAUCUACCUCCCUGUGUACGAUAUCCUCAAGAUCGAGCUCGCAGCGAUGUCGAUCAACGGCCGGGAUCGCGCCGUGCCGGAGGCAUAUGUGCCGUUGAUCGCGGGGUCGGUGGCGCGUGCGCUGGCUUGUGUGAGCUGCGCGCCAUUGGAGCUCGCAAGGACUCGCAUGCAGGCACAGAGACCAGUGGUGGGGGCAGGGGUGGGGGCUGUAGGGGCAGUAGGAUCACCUGUGACAGCAGCAGGAGCUGGGGCAGGAGGCGCAGGAGGGUUGGGUGGGGGAGCCGUAGUGGGUGGGUCGAGGCCUGGCACGCUAGCAACACUGCGUACGAUUCUGCAGCCGCAUUCGGGCACUCAAAGGCUGCGCGCCCUGUGGACAGGUGUCGACGCGCAAUUGGCCCGUGACGUGCCGUUCUCAGCCAUCUGCUGGGGUCUCUUGGAGCCGACUCGGCGCUACCUGCUCAGUAGAUCUGCUGACUGGUGGGAGCAGAAACAGCAGGAUAGGCAGCAGUGGGUUCAGGCUGGUUCCGGUGCUGGUGCUGGAGGUGAGGUUUAUUCAUCUGUGUUUACCGAGGCUGCGGAGGAGGCUCGGCAGCUGCCGCUGCUGCAGGUGGUGGGGGCCAAUUUCGCGGCAGGAAUGGCGGCGGGGAGUGUGGCAGCAGCAGCAACGCACCCUUUGGACGUUGCCAAGACGAGGAGGCAGAUCCAGGUGUCGGGAGCUCAGCUGAACACUGCUCAGACGUUGCAGCAUCUCUGGAGCGUGGCAGCAGCAGCAACGCACCCUUUGGACGUGGCCAAGACGAGGAGGCAGAUUCAGGUGUCGGGUGCUCAGCUCAACACUGCCCAGACUCUGCAGCAUCCCUGGAGGUUAGUGGGGACGAGGAGGCAGAUCCAGGUCUCGGGUGCUCAGCUGAAUACUGCUCAGACACUGCAGCAUCUCUGGAGCCAAGACGAGGAGGCGGAUUUAGCCUCGGCGGCCGUGAAACCGUACUGCCGCUUCUCCGGGAAACUAGUUGUCAAUAACCUCGUGACCGAGCUCACGAAGGCUGGAAACUAUUCCAACUUGGUCUCCGCGCUCAAGAAAACAGGCCUUUCCAAGGAUCUGAAGGACCUAAUCAACUGCUAUGAGGCGACGUUCUUCGCGCCGAACGACGACGCGUUCGCGGCGCUUCCGGAAAACGCUAAGCUCGCGACUUUGGACGCCAAGGUGCUGCGCGAGGUGCUGCUGCUGCACGUGGUGCAGAAGAAAAUGAACGCCGCUGCGCUCAAGGCGCUGCCCCAGGACAAGCAGUUCAAGGCGGCGUCAGAUGGGUGCAAGGCUCGCCUGGUGAAGGUCACAGCUGCCGGCGCCGACCCAGUCCAGCUGCAGGCCCUGUACGGCCCGCAGGCAGCUUCCAUAGUGGCUCCUGACGUCAUCUCGCUGCGAGUGAUGCAAGUGCACGGGGUAGACACUGUCAUCCUGCCCCAGAUCAUGAAGGCGGGCGAUAAGGACUCCCUCAAGCCUACCGUAUGCUUUCCCAGGCGCGCGUAG